ACAAUUGCGUAAAUAAUUUAUUAAGCCGAGUUAUACUCAAAUGAUUAUUCAAAUUCUAUACAGUCGAUGCAAUCUAUCAAAGUUUAUGCAGUCAAUAUCUAACUAGGAAAAUGGACAUAUUCGAUAAACGCUAUUGUACCUAUCGUACAAUGUUGAAAAUUGUAGGAUUGUGGCCAUAUAAUAACUCGAUCUAUGUGUGGAUUCAAAGAUUAUGGCUACUGAUAUUCUUUCUUGGUAACAUAAUAUUUCAGGUUGUAUCAUUAAGUUCUGAAAUUACAUUACGAAAUUGUAUUUUAAUAUUAUCUUUGAUUUUUCCACUUACUAUAAUUUUAGUAAGAUAUGUAAGCUGUGUAAUAUUUUUUUCUAUGAUAAAACUUUUAUUUCAUCAUAUGCGUAUGGGAGGAAAUAUAAUACAAGAUUCCACAGAAAUAAAAAUACGAAAGAAAUAUAUUAAUGAUUCCUGUCAUAUGAUGAAUAUUUUUUUCUGGAUAAUUUAUGGAAUUGCUGCACUUUCUAUUAUAUUCAUAUUGUAUCCCAUGACAUUAGAUUUCAUAAUGCCUUUAAACAGAACUCGUAUACGUAUUAUUCAUUAUAUUACAAUAUUUCCUUACAAUCGCACGAUGUAUCUUGAUAUUCUAAGCUUGAAUUUUAUGUUUGUUGGAAUAUUUGGAUCAUUAUCUUUAGCAUGUACGGAAUCAAUAUUUGGACUAUACUGUUUUCACGCAAGUAUAUUGUUUAAAAUUAUUAUCUAUCGAAUACAAAAAAUUGUUACAUAUUUGACUAUGUUUAAUCUCUCAUCGAAACAAAUUGAUACGAAACUCACAGAACUUUAUCGCGCAGUGGAUAUUCAUAAUCAAACUAUCGGAUUCAUCAAUGUCAUGAUAAAUAAUUCGGGAAUGCAGUUUUUGCUAUCUUCUCUUUUGUGCGUGAUUUCAAUAGGGAUAAGUCUAUAUCGACUUGUAAAUGCGAUUAUUGCUAGGAAGGAGAAGGAUCAAUUAGAAAUUUUUAUUUCUUUUAUGAUUUUAAUGGCACAAUUGAUAAUUACGUUCUUAUGUAAUUAUAAUAAUCAAAUACUUAUAGAUAAUAGUCAGGAAUUGCUGAAUAAAUGUAAAUAUAUUUCUGCAUGGUAUUUCGUACCGUUAAAAGUACAAAAAAUUUUAUUGCUGAUCAUGAUACGUAGCUCAACAUCAUGUACGUUUCACAUUUUAGGCGUGUUCAUUCCAUGCUAUACAGGAUUUUCAAAGGUAAUUUAUUUAAAUAAGUAUAUGAUCAUUUUAAUAAAAAUUGCUGCAUUUCAGAUAUUAAAGACAUCGAAGAAAACCAGAAAUAUGAAGAAAGAUAAACUUACAUCAAUUGAAGCUGCUACAGAACGCGGAACCUAA